AUGUCAACAGACACAGAUGUUUCCCUUUCUUCAUAUGAUAAAGAUCAGGGAUCCAAACUUGUUCAAAAAGUUGAAGAGGCACCAUGUGUUCUCAUUGGAAUGGUGGGCUUUCUAGCAAUUGUUGCAUAUGGAUUAUACAGAUGGAUGAGCACAGGAAAUGCUAAAAUGUCCCUUCCCCUGAUUCACAUGUGUGUGGCAGCCCAAGGCUUUGUUGUAGAAGCAAUCACUGUUGGUAUGGGCUGUUCUGUGUAUUAA